CACGCAUACAUUAAACACAAGUUGAUUGAAUUAGUUUCUAUUAAAUGAUUGAUCUGGAUUCAUCAGCUCUUAAAUCUGUUAAACAUAUUCUUCUUGUCUUAUCAGGCAAAGGAGGAGUUGGUAAAUCCUCUGUUUCAGUUCAGCUUUCUCUUUCUUUACUUCUGAUGGGAUUUCGUGUUGGAUUACUUGAUAUUGACCUUACUGGACCUUCAAUUCCAUAUUUAUUAGGCCUUGAAGGAUGUCAUAUAUAUCAAUCAUCUUCAGGAUGGGUUCCGGUUCAUCUUUUUGUGAAUAACCCAUCAGCAGAGAUGAAAGUUGUAUCUAUCGGGUUUCUUUUGCCAAAUCGCGGGGAUGCGGUUAUUUGGCGUGGAUCUAAGAAAACAUCUAUGAUUCAACAGCUUUUAAGCCGUGUUGAAUGGGGUAUACUUGAUUUUUUGGUAAUAGAUUCACCUCCAGGAACAGGAGAUGAACAAAUAGCAGUAGCGGAGACAUUACAUGCUAUGAGUUGUAUAGAAAAGAGUCAUGCUAUAAUUGUAACAACACCACAAGAAGUAUCAUUAGCAGAUGUGCGUAAAGGUAUUAAUUUUUGCCGGAAAGCAGGGUUAAAUAUUUUUGGAAUUAUUGAAAAUAUGAGUACUUAUAGAUGUCCUCAUUGUUUUACAUCUACGGAUAUAUUUUCUAGUGGUGGAGGAGAAGAACUUUCUAAAUCAUAUGAAAUACCACUUCUUGGGAAAAUACCAUUAGAUUCUACAUUAUCUGAGCUUAUUAAGUGUCAGCCUGUAUCUGACGUAAAUACAAAUGAAAAUAUUUCUUCCUCAAAAUUACUAGAUGAGUCAAACUGGGAUUUGCCUGAAAGAUAUAAGAAAUGCACUUUAUAUCCAUUAUUUAAAGAAAUUGUUAAUAAAAUUUUGUAAAAUAACUUGUUAAAUUUACAAAAUUUAUUAUGCAUUAAAAU